AUUCAUUGGAGUGGUUCCAUCCAUCAUCGUGAGGAAUUACGUGUGCUGUCCUCUCUCUUCUCUCUUUCUGUGUGAAAGAACAAUUAUGUGGAGUCGUUGUCCUGCAAAUUGUUGGUUUAGCCUUUCUUGUAUAAAGUUCAGACUCACGCCAAUCUCUUUUCCACUCAAACACAGAUAUAAAGCCUGAGAUUAUCACUCCUUUAUAGCUAAAGGGAAAAAAAAAAAUGCUAGUUUAGGCCAUUGAUUUGCAUCAGAAUCACCCCCACUAUCUUCGCUUUUUUAUGGAAAACAGUGAACUGUAAUUGUCAUUCUUCUUUGUCUUUCUUUCUGCUUUCUGUGUUCUUCACAGCUUCUUCUGUUUAUGGGCGUUCUGAGCUAUCUUCUUUAUCAGAAGGGGUUUGAAAACAGAGUGUAUAUUCGCUGAAGAAGAGAAGAAGAUGCGUGGCUUGAAGCUCAAUGAACGGUUCAAGAGCAAUCAAGUUCAUGCCCUCAAUUCUUCAGACGCCACUGUCACCAAUGACGCCUCCAAGCGAAGUAGAUACCGAAUCCAAUCGUUUGGAUCAAAACCCAAAUCCAGAAUCAACUCAAUCUCAGAAAUUGAUAAGAAUCUUCCUUUUCCACUACCAUCAUCCGACUCUCUCGAACCCCACAUUGACCCUUACCUUAAACCCAUCAAUCUUGUCGAGACUUUGGCAGACCUUUAUGUCCGCCUAGAAAAUUGCCCACAGUCUGAGAAACCAUUGCUCUGCAUCGAACAGUACUCGCUUCUUCGUGGCCUCGGUGACCAGAAGCUGCUUCGUCGAUGUCUCCGAACUGCCCGACAGGACGCCGACGAUAUUCCGACAAAGAUUGUUCUUUCGGCAUGGCUAAGGUUCGAAAGGAGGGAGGACGAAUUCGUUGGUGUCUCUUCAAUGGACUGUAAUGGGUACAUUCUUGAAUGCCCAAAGGCCAAUAUGAUAUCUGGGUAUAGUGCCUGUUCGGUUGCUAGUCGUUGCCAGUGUCCCCAUCAGCCAAAUCAGGACAUUACUAACAUUUCAGAAGAAAGCAUGAGUUUACCAGACAAGGAAAGUGAUGUCUCGUUCUGUAUUGACCACGAGGAAAUUAACUGUGUUCGUUACAAAAUCGCAGCUUUAUCAGAACCAUUCAAGGCUAUGCUGUAUGGAGGUUUUGCAGAGUCUCAAAUGAGAAAGAUUGAAUUUUCUCGAAAUGGGAUAUGUCCAGAGGCGAUGAGAGCAGUGGAAAUUUACAGUAGAACUAAAAGAUUGGACCUUUUCUGUGUCGAGACUGUUCUGGAGCUUUUAUCUUUUUCUAGUAGGUUUUGUUGUGAGGAAAUGAAGUCUGAUUGUGAUGCUCAUUUGGCCUCAAGUAUUAGCAAUCUUGAAGAUGCAUUGAUACUCAUUCACUAUGGUUUGGAAGAGAGAGCGUCCCUUCUUGUAGGGUCAUGUAUACAGGUAUUACUUAGAGAAUUGCCAAAUUCUUUGUACAAUUCUAGAGUGAUCAAAAUCUUUUGCAGCUCUGAGGCUAAGGAAAGUUUGGCCACAGUAGGGUAUGCUUCUUUCUUGUUGUAUUAUUUCCUUAGCCAAGUAGCUAUGGAAGAAAGCAUGGCAUCUAAAGCAACAGUGGUGUUACUAGAAAGAUUGGGAGAAUGUGCUGUAGAAAAAUGGCAGAAGUCCCUUGCAUUUCAUCAGUUGGGUUGUGUGUUGCUUGAAAGGAAAGAAUAUAAGGAAGCUCAGCAUUAUUUCGAAGCAGCGGCUGAGGCAGGUCAUGUUUACUCUAUGGCUGGUGUGGCUAGAGCUAAGAACAAGCAAGGUCAACCAUACUCAGCAUAUAAGUUGAUUAGUUCUAUCAUAUUUGAGUAUAAACCAGCUGGGUGGAUGUAUCAGGAACGGGCUUUGUAUAAUAUUGGAAAGGAAAAGAGUUUUGAUUUGGAUUUUGCAACUGAGUUGGAUCCUUCACUUCCAUUUCCUUAUAAAUACAGAGCUCUUGCAAAGGUAGAGGAGAAGCAGACGAAGGCAGGAAUUUUGGAACUAGACAGAAUUAUUGGAUUCAAGCUCACCCCUGAUUGCCUUGAAUUGAGGUCCUGGUUGUUUAUUUCGAUUGAGGAUUAUAAAAGUGCUGUGAGAGAUAUUCGGGCAUUGUUAACUUUAGAACCAAAUCACAUAACAUCACAUGGGAAGAUCAAAGGGGAAUACUUGCUUAUGCUUCUCACCCAUAAGUUUCAGCCAAAGAAUCUUGCUGACUGCUGGAUGCAACUAUAUGAACAAUGGUCCUCUGUUGAUGAUAUCGGUUCUCUGGCUAUUAUACAUCAGAUGCUGGAAAAUGAACCCAGAAAGAGCCUUCUAGAGUUUCGUCAGUCUCUACUCCUUUUAAGGUUAAACUGUCAAAAGGCUGCAAUGCGUAGUCUUAGGUUGGCUAGAAAUCAUUCUAGUUCCAUACAAGAAAAGCUAAUCUAUGAAGGAUGGAUUCUCUAUGAUACUGGCUAUCGAGAAGAAGCUCUGGCUCAGGCUGAGAGGUCCAUUUCAAUUCAAAGAUCAUUUGAAGCCUAUUUUCUUAAAGCAUAUGUGUUAGCAGAUGCUAAUCCUGACUCUGUAUCUUCUUCAAACGUAAUCCAACUUCUAGAAGAAGCUCUUAAAUGUCCCUCAGAUGGACUUCGCAAAGGACAAGCAUUGAAUAAUCUGGGUAGUAUUUAUGUUGAUUGUGGCAAGCUUGAUCUUGCAAAAGAAUGCUACACAAAUGCACUUGCAAUUAGACACACAAGAGCUCAUCAAGGUCUGGCGCGUAUUUAUCAUCAGAAAAAUCAACGUAAAUCUGCUUAUGAUGAAAUGACUAAGCUAAUUGAGAAGGCAGUGAACAAUGCAUCGGCAUAUGAGAAACGAUCAGAAUACUCUGACCGUGAGAUGGCAAAGUCUGAUCUUGAUGUGGCGACGCAGCUAGAUCCUUUAAGGACUUAUCCAUACAGAUACAGGGCUGCAGUUCUGAUGGAUGAGCAAAAAGAAACUGAAGCUGUGGAGGAACUAUCCAAGGCCAUAAACUUCAAGCCUGAUCUGCAAGUGCUUCAUCUGAGAGCAGCAUUUUAUGAGUCGAUGGGCGAUCUAGCAUUGGCUCUUCAAGAUUGUCAAGCAGCUCUUUGCUUAGAUCCGAAUCAUACUGACACGCUUAAUCUGUAUCAGAGGACACAAAAGUCGAGCUAGAAUUAUCUCAACACAAACAGUCAAACCAUUAGCGUCAGAAGUCUUGAGAUGUUGAGCUGCCAUGUGUACAAAAUUGCAGGGACAUUGGACGUUCAAAAUGCUGAAUUUUCCCCUCAAAUCUCAUAAUAUUCAGCUGAAAACUGUCCUUUAUUAGGAAAGAAGGGGAGAAUAUUUGUUGUGGAUAGCAAAAAAUACGAUGAUGACAUGAGAAACGGAUAGGUGAAAGAGAUGAACUUGUGCUUUUUACCUUAUCAAAUAGGAGGAUGAUUCACGUUAAAGUUAGAUUUCCUUAGUGGAAACUCCAGUGAUAUGUAUUCUUGUGGGCGAUGGCUCACCUAUUACUCCCCUUGUACAGUGACAUAUUUAUAAGUAGAUUCCAAUCUUAUUCCCCAUAAA